AUGAACCUCGAUGACGAGAUGAUGGCUUCCUUGGGAGGGAUCGAGUACCAACCGAUGAACAAUCAACCCGGGAGUGGCAGUUCGAGUACGGGCGUCAAGAGGGAGUUGGAUCGUAAGUCUCGGGCAGGGAGGCGGAGCGUGGAUUGACGGUGACGUUGCGCUUCGAGGGGGAAGUGAAGGCGCUUAGUAGGAAAGUUGGUGGAGUCAUUCGGGUGCUUGGACGAAUAGGGAUCGUGCCGAAACGAAGACGAAUGGGCGUGUACCACUCCUGGUCGUGCAGGACCAUACAUACAGUCGCUCCAGAAACGAGGGUCGAAGCUAAGCGAAACUGACGCGCUCGAACCGCCGCGCAUUGUCACAUAUUCCUCCUCCUCCACGCAUCACGUCCGUGCACAGUGGUCUUUAUCCUCGAUUGCACUGGAUGUGAGUCUUUUCGUGUAAUUCCCUUGAUGGGGAAUCCGCACGCGGUCACUGACGGGGUUCGUUUCCUCCCUUCGUGCUUCAUUCAGCGAUGGGGUCUUAUAUCGCCGUCAGUCACCUCUCGCACUGGCCCUUUCAAGAGGGGACAGAGCAUCCGUUCCUCCCUCCCUCGGUCUAUUCAGAAUCAGAUCAAAGAGAACUAAACCGAGUCCCCUAUACUGGUCCCCCACCAGAGCGCAACCAAGAACAUCGAACUGAUCGUUGAGAACAUCCUCGCUUCGGGCAAAUUGCCGAGCCCCGAGGCGCUGAGGAUCGGUUUGAUCGCUUACAGGUUAGUCUCGGGAUGAUCGACGAAAUCGUAUAAUGCGUGUGUUGACGAUAAGCUCUGCCCCUUUCUGCCUCGCUUCCUCGGCCGUCCCGAUCUACCCGUGGAGCACAAUUUUCACAUUCUCGGCGAAUCAUCAGGGACUACCCCCCUCAAGACAAUUCCUACAUCACCCGUUCCUUCGAUUUCACCUCCGACGUCUCAUCCGUCAAAGCCGAUCUCAAAACGCUCAACGCUUCAGGUGGGGGUGAUGGACCGGAAGGUGUGACGGCGGCGAUGAAGGCUUCGUUAGGGUUGAGUUGGAGAUUGGGUGGGGGGACGAGUAGGAUGGCGGUGUUGAUUGCCGAUGCGCCUUGUCAUGGGUUGGGGGAGUGAGUCCGAUACGAAAAGCUUUAGAUGAGAUGAGGGAACUGAUGAUCUCGUCGGGCUUUCACGUCAGGUACGGUGAUGGGUUCCCUGAUGGCGGUCCGGUAGGUUACUUCGAGUCCUGAUUUGACUCGUCUCACUCGGCGUCUGAAACCUUCGGUUGCCCACAUCAGGACGGAGAAGACCCACUUGAGAUCGCAAGGUUGAUGGCGCAGCAAGCCAUCAGUCUCUUCGUCGUCGCUUGUGAACCCGCAUUAUCAGGUGAGUAUCUUGACCACGUGUGACAGCUCGGCUCGUCAAACUAAGCCUACCCUCCCCCAGGCUACCAAUUCGGCCUCGACUUUUUCCGCGCCUUGACCGUCAUCACCUCCGCCGUCCUGGUCCCUCUAACGACCGCGUCCCUGCUCUCACACGUGAUCGUUGGUUCCGCGCUCGAACAAAUGGACAUGGAACGCAUCAUCGAAGAAGUCGGUCUAGUGGUCGCGGAGAGAGUACAUGAGGGACAGGCUUCGGUCGAUGAUAUCGCGUUGGAGUUGCACCAGAAGUUGUUGUUGAGGGGGGAGGAGACGAAGCAAUUGAGGUUCGAGUCGAUUCAUGUGCGUCGCGAUCUCGGUCCUGCUCUUAAGAUUCAGUCCCGUGGCUCAAAGCUGAAUCCUUAACUUGGGUCGAACGGACGGUCGGUCCGAAUAGCGCGAAACGCCCGAAGCGCAACAUAACGUUCAAGUGCUCACCACGUCCCCUACACUCCAACACGCCAAAUCCCAACUGAAAAAGAUCGUCGGUAGUCGGUUCACGAAGAAAUACCUCGAAACGCGCUACAACCGAAACGCCUACGUUUACCCUCCCAGCGUACCCCCACGACCUUCUUCAACCUCUUCUCUAGGCUCGGGAACUUCCACUCCGGGUAGUCCGCAACGAAAGGUUAUAUCCGAAUUCAAACCUUUUGUGGCAAAGGGGCGGAUGACGCUUCAGGAAGCGCCGAUGGCUGAACGGUUGGACGCGCAAGAGGAGGACGAGGGGGAUGAUGGGGCGGGCGCUAUCGAGUUGAGGUUUGGGAAUAUCAGCUUGGAGCAGGCCAAGAGGAUUACGAUCGCGAGUGCUUGGAGGACACAACCUCCGAGGGCUUGA